AUGAUUUGCUUUGAUGAAGAUACAUUUGGCUUGUUCUUCCUUCUCCCAACCGUAGGGAUCCAUGAGUUUCCUCCAUCCCCUCCUGAAAUCCGGUCGGAGAUGUUGAAUGUCUUUUCAUACGUGAACCUUCCAGUGAAUAAUCACGGGAAUAGCUUCUUGAAAGUUGAGUUUGCGUUACUCAACGACAUCAUCUCCAAAUCCCUCCUUGCAAAGGAUUCCUCAUACACGUAUUGCUCAAAAGUUUUUGAGAUGAUGGUGGCCAUCACAAAGGUGUUGCCAUCAAUUGGAAGAAAGUCCUCUUCGGGAACCUGGUUAGAAUGCUCUAUGCCAAGAAGACGAUCUUCGGUUUUGAUGGUCCUCUUGGUGCAUUUCUUUGCUGUCUUCUCGAUGAUUCUGGUAAUGGGUAUCAUUCUUCCUCUCAAAACCCUGAACAUCCAGAAGGUUGUUGACUAUGUCCUUAGGGUACAAAGGCUUAAAUCGAAGAAAAGGAACAGAGGAUGUGAACGCGCCUCUCCUCCUCCACCUCCCGGUGGUGCGGUGGCGGUGGAAGUAGUCCAUGAGCAUGAGGAUAGCAGUAGCAGCAGCAGGAGCUUGAACAAAGUGGUAAAUAAUAAUAAUAAUUCAAAUAUUGUGAGUCUGAACACCCUGUUCAUCCUGUUAGGGCCCUUGUUGUGCGGGUUGAUAUGCCUGUUUGUCCCGGUCGGGCAUGGGAGUAGUAGCCGGAAUAUGCUGGGGGUUCUGGCAUGGAUUUUCACUUGGUGGCUCACGGAGGCCGUUCCCAUGCCUAUAACCUCCAUGGCUCCGCUCUUCCUCUUUCCCUUGUUCGGGAUAGCCACCGCCGACCAAGUUGCUCAUUCUAUGGAUGAUGUCAUUUCCCUCGUUCUCGGGAGCUUUAUUCUCGCCCUUGCCGUCGAACAUUACAACAUACACCGAAGAUUGGCCUUAAAUGUAACCCUAUUAUUUUGCGGGGAACCCCUGAAUCCGCGAUUGCUUCUGCUGGGAAUAUGUGGGACAACGGCGUUUGUGAGCAUGUGGAUGCACAACGUGGCAGCGGCGGUGAUGAUGAUGCCAGUAGCGACGGGGAUCCUGCAGCGUAUCCCGGCGGGGGUGAGGGAGGGGGACGCGGUGGCUCGGAAGUUCUGCAAGGCGGUGGUACUCGGAGUCAUAUAUUCUGCGGCGGUAGGAGGAAUGAGCACCCUGACCGGGACAGGUGUCAACCUUAUAUUGGUGGGAAUGUGGAAGAGUUACUUUCCGGAGGAAGACUCUAUCAGCUUCAGCACAUGGUUCUUCUUCGGCUUCCCUUUGGCACUAAUCGUAUUUCUGGCCUUGUGGGCCAUCCUCUGUCUCUUCUACUGUUCUUCUUCAUCUUCAUCCUCCUCCCUUUCCGCCUAUCUCGACAAAUCCCACUUAAAGACUGAACUUCAAAUGUUAGGGCCAAUUACUUUCGCCGAGAAGACCAUUUUGGCCACAUUUUCGAUUUUGAUUGUGUUAUGGAUGACGAGGAGCAUUACAGAUGACGUUCCAGGGUGGGGUGCUCUCUUUAAUGGACGGGCAGGCGACGGAACUGCCAGUGUUAUGAUGGCUACAAUUUUGUUCAUCAUCCCAAACAAGAAGCACUCUUCCUCCUCCUCCUCGGUGGUGGUGGUGGUGGUGGUGAGAAAAAUGGACUGGAAGAAAUGCAAGAAGCUGCCUUGGAACAUCGUGUUGCUGCUCGGUGCAGGAUUCGCGAUUGCUGAUGGUUUUAGGGAGAGUGGUCUGGCGAACGAGCUGUCCAAGUCCCUGGGUUUCCUAGAAAGGGUUCCGUAUUGGGGGAUAGCGCCGAUCGUUUGCAUGAUAAGCGGUGUAAUAACAGAGUUCACCUCAAACAACUCGACGACGACCCUUGUUGUGCCGGUUCUGAUCCAAAUAGCGGAGACCAUGAAAGUGCAUCCUCUGUUGCUGAUGGUCCCGGGAGCCAUUGGUGCUCAGUUUUCUUACCUUCUUCCCACCGGAACGCCCUCAAACAUCGUUGGCUUCACCACCGGCCACAUACAUCUUACGGACAUGCUCAAAACUGGCCUCCCCCUCAAGCUUGCUGGGACUGCUGCUCUUUCUCUUCUCAUGCCAACUCUUGGAGUAGCCGUCUUUCGAACCACAACCAUCAACCAACAACAACAACAACAACUCUUGGAGUAACCGUCUUUCGAACCA